CAAGGCCCCAUAAUUAAAUAACCAACUACAAAGCUUUGUGAUAGAAAAUGAACCGCCGACUCAUCCUCCGAUUAGUUUCGUGUUCAAGAAAUCAAUAUCCAACUGAGAGACUGAGGAUUUUCCAAGACAAGAGACGGGUCUAGGGUUCUUUCUUGGUAGAAGGAGAAGAGGAAGAGAGGGAGACAGAUUGAAGAAGAAGAAAGCGAGAUGAGAGAGAAAGAAAGGGCCUUCUUGUGGUCAUCAUCAGAGGCCUACCCCUGUGUGGUAGCCCCUUCCAUUCUACUCCACCAUUUUCACCAGAUCUGAUGCGCUCACCUCAACUCAUACCAACAAGGAUGUGACGCCUCCAUUUUUAUUUAAUUUAAAGUGGAAGGUGAUGCGCAAUAGCAGAAGGAAUGGGAAGAGGGUGGCGGGAUUGUUCAGUAAAACCAUGGGGGGGAUUGCAGAAUCGAGAGCAUCAAAGUUGUAUGGAAACAGACAUGCGAGAAACAACGAGCGGAAGUGGAGUCGAUUCGGAAGGGGCUUCUUGUGGGUUUCAUUGUUCCUCUAUUUUUGCAGCUCUGGCCCUGAUUUCCUCUGGUUCCUGAGGGGGUUUUCUCCUUCUUCUUCGUCUUCUGAUGGUUACAGCACCACGCCAAUCUCGUCUUCUCGACAUCCACAGUUCCAGAAGAAGACCACUGUUUCAACCUCAGAUUCUCUGGUAUCAAGGGCCUUGGUUGAGCUCAAUGAAACUAGAAUGCAACCGGUACAAACGCUCUCACCAGGGUUAUGGAAUGGAAUGAAGGUGUAUGUGUAUGAUCUUCCUUCUAAGUAUAACACCCGGUGGCUGUCGAACCCCCGCUGCUCCACCCACCUCUUCGCGGCGGAGGUGGCCAUACACAAAGUCCUCCUCCACAGUCCCGUCCGAACUCUGGAUCCCUACGAAGCCGAUUUCUUCUUUGUCCCUGUUUACGUCUCCUGUAACUUCAGCACCCCCAAUGGUUUUCCCGCCAUCGGCCACGCCCGUCCGCUUCUCUCAUCCGCUGUCGACGACAUAGCCAAAUCCUGGCCGUUCUGGAACCGGAGCGAUGGCUCAGACCACGUCUUCGUCGCCAGCCACGACUACGGUGCUUGCUUUCAUGCCAUGGUAGGUGCGGAGGACGUUGCAAAAGCGGAUGGGAUUGCAGAGUUUUUGAAGAGUUCGAUUAUAUUGCAGACUUUUGGAGUGAAAGGACCGCACCCUUGUCAGGACUCGGACCACAUUCAGAUUCCUCCAUAUAUUUCUCCAGAUUAUGUGAAAGCAACCCUCACUUCCCUUCCUAAAACUCACAAGCGGGAUAUUUGGGCCUUUUUCCGGGGAAAGAUGGAGAUUCACCCCAAAAAUAUAAGCGGCCGUAUCUAUAGCAAGGGAAUUAGGACGAUGAUAUGGAAAAAUUACCAUCAUCACCGAAAAUUUUAUCUGAUGAGAGAGAAAUUCCAAGGGUACCAACAGGAAAUGGCGCGCUCCGUGUUCUGCCUGUGUCCACUGGGAUGGGCCCCAUGGAGCCCACGCAUUGUUGAAUCGGUGGCCCUUGGAUGUGUCCCCGUCAUCAUAGCGGACGGCAUCCGCCUCCCCUUCCCAGAGGCCGUACGAUGGUCCCAAAUCUCGAUCUCCGUGGCCGAAAAAGACGUGGGGAAAUUGGGGAAGAUCCUGGAGCGAGUGGCUGCCACCAAUCUAACGGCGAUCCAGAAGAAUCUAUGGACGGAGAGCAACCGCCGUACUCUGCUGUACACCGAUCCCAUCCAACCCGGUGACGCCACGUGGCACGUCUUGGAUAACUUGGCGCGCAAGCGGCACCAUCGUUCUCUAAGGAGGCGUUGGUCCAAUCAGUGAACGACACGUCUUUGGACGAUUAAAUUUUGUUUGCGGACCGCCAGCGUGGCAUGCGGUAUCUGUUGUCCUUACGUAGGGUCUGUAUACAGCUGCUAGCUGCCGGGCUGUUCUGUUCAGAUUUGACAUUUUAUUUUUUGAUUUUUUUCUUCUCUCGUCGUCCUGGGAAAGAAUGAAAGAGAAUAAGAAAAAGAUG